AUGGGUUUUGCUAGACAACCCAUAUUCCUUUCUUUUUUCCUGGUUUUGUUCACAAAUCUGAAGGCACCCCAUCUUGCAGAAUCUGCUUCUGAUUACUCUACUUUAGUCUACAAAGGUUGCUCAAAGGAGACUUUUACAGAUCCAAAUGGGGUAUACUCACAAGCACUUUCUACACUCUUUGGUUCAUUGGUUUCACAAUCCACCAAAACCAAGUUCUAUAAGGCCACUUCUGGUAGUGGCCAAAGCAGCAUAACUGGUCUCUUCCAAUGUAGAGGGGAUCUCAGCAAUUCUGAUUGCUACAACUGUGUUAGCAGACUCCCAGUUUUGUCUGACAAACUAUGUGGCAAAACCAUAGCUGCCAGAGUUCAACUACAAGGUUGUUAUAUGCUUUAUGAGGUUGCUGGUUUUUCACAAAUCUCAGGUAUGCAGAUGCUGUACAAGACUUGUGGUGGGACAAAUGCUGCUGGAAGUGGUUUUGAAGAGAGAAGAGACACUGCAUUCUCAGUGAUGGAAAAUGGGGUGGUUAGUGGUCAUGGUUUUUACACAACUAGCUACCAAUCUGUGUAUGUCAUGGGGCAAUGUGAGGGAGAUGUUGGUGAUUCUGAUUGUGGAGAGUGUGUGAAAAAUGCUGUGCAAAGAGCUGAAGUUGAAUGUGGUAGCUCUAUUUCAGGCCAAGUCUUUCUGCAUAAGUGCUUCAUUAGUUUUAACUAUUACCCAAAUGGGGUUCCAACUAGAUCAUCUUCAUCUGCAGCAUCAUCUUCUUCAUACUUUUCAUCUUCUGCAGGGCACAAUCCAGGGAAAACAGUGGCUAUUAUAUUAGGAGGGGUAGCUGCGGUGGCUUUUGUGAUUAUAUGCUUGCUAUUUGCUAGGAAUUUGAAGAAGAAACAUGAUGAUUAUUGACAGCAGAAAAUGGUUUCUGAGAAGGCAAAAUUCUUCAUGUGAUAAAUUGUUUUUACUUGUUCAGCUUAU